GUGUCUCGGGGGCAGCCGGCCGUGCCUGGCGGAGCCCGGGAGUUUCCCGAGGAGCAGCCGGCCGUCCCCGGCGCUCCGCCCGCCGUGCCCCGACGCUCGCAGGCGGUGGCGCUGCCGCGGCUGCCGCCGCUCUCCCGCCCGGCCCGGCCCGGCCCUCCCCCGGCUCGGGCGAGGAAAUGACCUAAGAGGAAACCUGGGCCGUGCCGGGAGGGCGCGGGGCUCGGGAGGUGCCGGCGAUGUCCCGGCGGCCGGAGGACACAGCGGGGGCGGCCGGCAGGGACUGUCACUAGCUCAUCCACUGCCCUGACUCUUGCCCUUGGAGGAAACCAGCCAUGGGGGAAACAGGCAAAGAAGAGUACAAAAUACAGUCCUUUGACUCCGAGACUCAGAAGCUGCUGAAAACAGCCCUCAAAGACCCCAGUAAUGUGGACCUGGAGAAAGUGGCCAAUAUUAUAGUGGACCAGUCCCUCAAAGACUCUGUGUUCAGCAAGGAGGCUGGGCGCAUCUGCUACACCAUCAUCCAGGCAGAGAGCAAACAAGUUGGCCAGAGCAUCUUCCGGAGGAGCCUGCUGAACCGGCUGCAGCAGGAGUACAAGGACAGGGAGGAGCUGCGCAGCCGCUCGCUCCAGGCCUGGAUCUGCUACGUCACCUUCAUCUGCAACAUCUUCGACUACCUGAGGGUGAACAACAUGCCCAUGAUGGCUCUGGUGAACCCUGUGUACGACUGCCUGUUCAGGCUGGCACAGCCCGACAGCCUGCAGAAGGAGGAGGAGGUGAGUUGUUGCCUGUUGUCCUGCCAAGGACCUGUAAAAAGCACAGCCUGGGGGGUGCACAGGAGCCUCCACUGCUUUGUGCUCAGCCACCUGCUCUUCCUUCUGAAGGUGGACUGCUUGGUCCUGCAGCUGCACCGCAUCGGGGAGCAGCUGGAGAAGAUGAAUUCCCAGCGCAUGGACGAGCUCUUCUCCCUCCUCCGAGAUGGCUUCCUUCUGCAGGAGGGGCUCAGCUCCCUGUCCCAGCUCCUGCUGCUGGAGAUCAUCGAGUUCCGGGCUGCCGAGUGGAAGAUGACGGACGCUGCCCAGAAAUAUUAUUACAGUGAAGUGACAGAUUGACCUCCCGAGGCAGAGGCAUCCCCAGCACCUUCACCAGCAAGCUUCGUACCAAUCUGGAAUUUUUGCAUUAAUUUUCUAGCACUCCCUGUAAAUAGGAUUUAGACUGGCUAGAGCUUCUCUGCACCUACUGUCAGAUGCAGCAGGUGCUGGUCUGACUUUGGAGGUUCAGAGUAGUGGGAAGGGCACACUUCACCCAGCAAGUUCUCUCACUGAUUUUGUCUUAAUAUAGGGCUGCUGUCAGCAAAGGGCUUGGGAGGCUUGUAGCUCACACCAGCAUUUUCUAUGAGUGUUAAAGAAAGCACAGUUUAGGCUCAGAAGAUUUUGCUUCACCCCAAAGCCAGCAGAGCUGUGGGAGGCAGCAGGGAAAUCUCCCAGCUCAGGUUGUACCUGGUUCUCUGGGACAGGUCACAGAACACACCAUGGCCUCACAAACAGCUCAACCAAGUGCUUUUCCCUGACUGCUCCCAGCAGGCUGGCUGCACCUGCAUGCACACAGCCUCUUCCACAGCCAGGAAUACCUGCCACAGGGCAGCCUGUGACAGAAGAGGUCCCUGAGCACACGUAGGAAGGGUUUUACAGGUUUUAUACAAUAACUGUCACUUUUUUCCAAAAUUUGCAAGUUUCAGCUAUAGUAUAUUUCUUAUAAGAAUGUGAGAGAAAGAAAUGAAACAAAAUAGUCUAUUGAAGGAUUUUUUUCUAAUAAAAGUUUUCCACUAAUGUAUGCCCUGCUUUCUCCCUGCACAGCUGCUGAGCUCUGAGCAAUACUGAAGGGUUGCUCCUGGCUGAAGCCCUAAGGCUGAGAUAACUCAGUGUUUGCUCCAGUCUAGGGCCUCAGGGCUUUACACAACCAGGGUACCUGGAGCAACAGAGACAAAAGUCUGGAAUUGGGAAACCUUUCCCAUAAAAGUGGUUUUAUUUUGUCAACAUUCCCAUCAAAUCUGUGCAGACCACGUUGCUGAUGGCCAAAAUCAAAAAGGGCCUUUUACUGCCUGUUGUACCAAUCCAUGUGUUAAAGGAUCCAGCUCUGCUUUAGCUCUGCAUCCAAAAACGUUGCUGAUUUGAGGAGGAGAGACUUUCAGAUCCCCAGGAAACAGGUAAGUGAAAGAUGGUUUUGUUAGCGUUGCUGUAAGAAAAACAUCUAAGGCUUGUCUUCACAGGGAAGUGAUUAUGAACUAACUGGAGCAGCCCCGCUGACGCUGCUAACUCAGAUUCCCCCUUCC